UGGUCUUUAAAGCGUUGGGCGCCGGGUAAGCGCGCGACAGCGGGGGGUUAUUUUAAUCGCCCCGUCGUUACUCGGAGAAGCGGCAUUGUUGGGAGUGAAGCGGCACUUGGCUGACGAACAGGGACGCUGUCGCAUCGUCAACAUUUGGUGUAGCUCACGCAGUUGUUGUGUCUGAGAGCACUUGCUGCGUUGAACGCGUCAUAUACGAAGAUACUCCGGUGAGAAGCAGCGGCGAUGGCGGACAAGACCAAGGAAAAAAUCUACAGGUUCGGGGAGCGUUUCUCCGGCACCAAGACGAAAAGCGGCGAGCCUCAGGACUACGAGGUCCUGCUGAAACAAUGCCUGAAACGCCAGGAGCUCUUCGAGGAUCAUGAGUUUCCGUGCGUGCGGGAGACCGCCUGGGGCACCACGAAACCCGAGUUCAAGGUCGUCUGGAAGAGGCCCUGGGAGAUCUGCGAGAACCCCGCCUUCCUAAAUGAAAGUUUCAGUCGCUUCGAUGUCGAACAAGGUGGACUCGGCAACUGCUGGGUUCUGGCAUCCAUGGCCACUUUGACCCUGCACAAGGACCUCUUCAACAACGUGGUGCCCGAGGGCCAGAGCUUCGAGAAGGACAAGUACGCCGGCAUCUUCCACUUCCGUCUGUGGAAGGCCAACCGAUGGAUCGACAUCGUGAUCGACGACAGGCUCCCUUACCGGGAAGACGAAAAAACGCUCGCCUUCGUCUCAUCCAGCGCGAGCAACGAGUUCUGGAGCGCUCUCCUGGAAAAAGCCUAUGCCAAGCUUCACGGUGGUUACGCUGCCCUGGUUGGAGGUAGCGGCAACGAAGCCCUGGGCACCUUCACGGGAGGCCUCACGGAGCAGCUUAUGCUCGAGCACCCGCCCAAGAAUUUGUUCCAGAUUAUUCAGAAGGCACUGGCGAGGAAAUCGCUCAUCACGUGUUCCAUCGUCGAAUCAGAGAAAGGCAAGAAAGGACUACAAGCUUUUCACGAGUACAGCGUCACUGGUGCCACACAGGUGACAGUGGACGGACGGGAGGAGCGAAUUGUUCGCAUACGAAACCCGUGGGGAAGUGGAGAGUGGAAAGGCGCUUGGUCUGACAAGUCAAAAAAGUGGACCAACGUGAGCGAAGAAAAACGACAGGAGUUGGGACUCGUGAUCAAAGAAGACGGCGAGUUCUGGAUUUCGGAGGAGGACUUCCUCAAGUAUUUCCAGAUGAUUGACUUCUGCCAUCUCGAUCCCGGUUCCACGGUUGGUGAAAUAAAGGAAUCCGGCACGGAGAAAACGUGGGAGGUGGCGAAGUUUGAAGGCUCCUGGGUUCCUGGAACAACGGCUGGCGGCGCCGACGAAAAUGAUGAAAAGUUCGCCACCAAUCCGCAGUACAUGAUCACUCUUCACGAGCCGGACGAUGAAGACCAAGACGGCGAGUGCACGGUCAUCGUGGCGCUGCUGCAGAAAAACCGUCGCGUCUUCCAGGUUCACGACGACAUGUGGCUCAACAUCGGCUUCGUACUCUACGAGAUCGAAGACCCCGACAACUGCCCGGCGCCGUUGACCAUCGAGUACAUGGCGGAUUACCGACAAGUGGGCCAAAGCAAAAACUUGAGCCCUACCCGCGAAAACACCACCCGGUUCCGGCUGCUUCCGGGCACCUUCUGCAUAAUUCCGUGCACAGCGGAAUCCGACAAGGCGGGAGACUUCCUUUUGAGGAUCUACACUGAAAAGAAGUGCCAGUGCAGGGAACAUGACGAAGCACCUGCCAUCAUUUCAAAGCCCAUCGAGGACAAAGAGAAAGAAGACGGCAAGGACAAGCCGGGCAAAGCUACCGGAAACGAGGAGAACGAGAUCGACGGUGACAAGAAAGAGGGCGAAGACGGCGGUGACGAUAGCGAAGAGGAGAUCGACCAGAACCUGAAGGACGCAUUCAACGAGGUGGCCGCUGAAGAUGGCACCGUCUGCUGCAACGCGCUGAAGACGCUGCUCAAGAACGUGUCCGAGCAGAAUGGUGGUCCUUUGGACUUCUCCUUGGACAUAUGCCGAAGCAUGGUGGCACUCAUUGAUGACGACUACACCGGCACGUUGACAGUGGAAGAGUUUGCCUUACUUCACAAACAUAUUCAGAAGUGGAAGGAGGCGUUUAAAUCGUACGACAAGGGCUCUACUGGAUACCUCAGCACGUAUGCAUUAAGAAAUGCUCUUCGGUCCGCAGGCUACAGCGUAAACCAGCAUGUGCUGAAGGCCCUCGUGCUACGCUACGGCCACGACCGCAAGAUCAGCCUGACAGAUUUCAUAGGCUGCGCCGUCAAGCUCAUGUGCAUGAUCGACAUUUAUGAAGCGUGGGACCCAGAAAAGGAGAACGAGGUGGUGGUUAGUCGGAAUGAGUGGCUCAAGUACACGAUGUACUGCUGAGCGUCCGCUCCUAUGGUGUUAAACUCGGAAACGGAUGUCCGAGCUCCAGCUGUCGCUUUAUAGCAUGCGGGACUACAUUAUAAUAACGCCGGAAAAUAAAAUAAUUUUACUUUCGA